CCUGGCUAUCACCCAGAACUUGCCGCCCCUGUUCCUCCAGGGCACGGAUUGUCGCUUUUGCGGCGACCUUCCGCAAAUCCACUUGCACCUCGCGGAGCUUCAAAAGUCCUGUGGCCCAAAUGAGGCAGGAGCUCUGGCUGAGGAGAGCCUGGGAGAGCUCCUUCUAGAGUUCUUCCGCUACUUCGGCUAUGUGUACGAGACCGGAGUCAUCGCCAUCCGUGACAUCUCCUCCUUCACUCCACGGUUUGAGCCAGGUCAAUCAUUUUACGUGGUGGACAACCCCUUCGAGCCUACCAAAGAUGUGGCCAACAUUGAGGUGCGCCUUUACACGUGCCUCCGGGAGGAGUUCCGCCGAGCGCACGCGAUCCUCUGCGAGGGCCUGGGCUUUGCGGAGCUCUGCAGUAGCCCACCGCGUUUAGGUCUAGAUCCAUUGGCCGGAGCCAUCGUGCCUGGAAUGAACGUGCCGCUGAGUCCGCCCAAAACGGAGAUCUCAAGCCACUGCCGCGACCCAGCGCGCUCGGCUGUGUCCGAAAAGAGUCCUUGAUGAGCAGUUUGUUUGCAUCACCGAAAUGGG